CGCUUAGACAGAAACGACGACUUUUUAGUACAUCAACCUCCAUUUUUUCUAUUGCUAUUCCCUGUGUAUUUAAGCCCGUUUUAUUAUUUGCACCUGUUGUUGUGUGUCUUACCAGGCACCCGUUCCGGGUCUGCAGCGAUCGGUUCACGGUGUUUGGAUAGAAAACAAACCUAUCGUUUAUUGCUCACGUAAAUACAAUCCUUCGGAUCUCCGAAUUUUUUUGCACAGAAUAAUUUGUUGGUAAACCGAACACAACUAUUUUGUAACAAAAUAUUUAAACUUGAAAUGUCAAGCCAAAACACAUAGACGCACAAUCAGUUAGGUGGUUGUGAUUUAAAAUUACCGAUAUGUAAGGAACAACAUCAGAGUUACCCGUCAACCGGUUACUUCCCUACUUAGCGCAAUCUCUGAUGGGCGGAUUCGCGUGAGCAACCGAAUCAAACCACUAAUCACACCUUAUUAUUUCUAAUAUAUUCUAAUGUGAGGUUAUGUUUGCAGCUGCUUACCUCUUAACCUAUUGAGUGUGUUGGAAUGUUAAAAAUCUCUAUCUAAGUAGAACCUGCUACUAGUGGACAACAAUUGCCAAGUACACUCCUUCUACUGUGUGGGAAAAGCGAUAGAACACACUGAAAAUCGUAAUAUCCUGGCAUGGCCGGAUAAGCUUAUCCCUUCCUCGCAGUUGGUCGGUAGCUUCCACCAGCAAACGAAAAGCCUCCGUGAGCGUUCACGGCAAACGAACAGAAGCGAAUCGGACGGCGUGACAUGGUGGACGGCGAGAAGAGAACGUGUGAUUUCGGUGCUGCCGGUGCUGGUGGUAGCCCAUUGUGUGUGUGUGUGUGUGUGUGUGUGCUCGCGCGACAAGAUGCCAAUUAUUCGUCCGUGGCAUUAGCAUGUGCUACCGGUAACGUCGCGCGAUCGUCGGUCGAUUAGUUCUACCGCGAUAGCGCUAGCGUAAGGAUCGUUCUGAAGCUGUGUGGACCGGUCCAGGUCGAUGUUACCGGCACGCACGAAAGCCCUGAACGUGCAGAAAGAUGCGGCUACCGGUGUUGCUGUUAAUGUUGCCGAUGCUACUCGCAGCCCAUUACUAUCAGCAUGAACGACGGAAAGAGAGCAGGGAGGAGGAUGAGGUUGCGGUUGACGAGGAUCCUCCGUUUCGGUUGCAAGAUGGUGAUGCGUAUCUGACGGUGCCACAACUCGUGUGGAAGUACGGCUACGAGAUCGAGAUCCACGAGGUACAAACCGAGGAUGGCUAUUUGCUCGAUCUGUACCGCAUCCCGGGCCGCCGUGCCGCAUCCGGCCAACCGGCCCAACGCCCGUACCGCAAUGCGCCAAUCUUUCUGAUGCACUCGCUGCUGAGCAGUUGCGCCGACUGGGUGCUGAUGGGUCCUGGGCGUGCCCUUGCCUACCUGCUCGCCGAUGCCGGGUACGACGUGUGGAUGGGCAACGCGCGUGGCACGCGCUACUCACGCAAACACACCCAUCUCGAUCCGGACCGGGCACGAGAGUUUUGGAACUUUUCCUGGCACGAGAUUGGCCUGUACGAUGUGCCGGCCCUGAUCGACCACGUACUGUCCGUGACCGGCCAGCAGCAGUUGCACUACGGGGGCUUUUCCCAGGGUACGAUGGUGCUGUUUGUGCUGCUGUCCGAACGACCGGAGUACAAUGCGAAGCUGAUCGAUAUGCAGGCCAUCUCGCCGUCGGUGUACAUGUACCGGCUCGAGGGACGCAUCGUGCGUACGUUUGUGCAGCUAGCUGAUCCGCUGGUGGCCGCCCUCGAUGCAGCCGGUCGGCACGAGAUCCUACCGAACAAUCGAUUCAUCGCGCCGCUGGUGAAGAUCGUGUGCCCGGACGCGAACGUGACCGUGUGCCGGGAGUUGCUGUACGAUGUGGCGGGCAAGAAUCCGCCGCAGGUGGAUGAUAAGAUGCUGCGAAUUUUCCUCGGACACUUUCCGGCCGGAGCAUCCCUGCGCCAACUGCACCACUUCUCGCAGAUCAUCCGUACGUCGCGUUUUGCACGGUACAGUCCACUCAGAACCGCACGGAACGCUCUGCCCCUAGGACCGUCGGCCCCACUGUACAAUCUCACCCGGGCCACCAUCCCGGUCGUAGUGUACUACGGGCUGAACGAUCACGUGGUUAACUUUCGCGAUGCACUGCAGCUAGCUGACGAAGUGCCGAAUCUGGCCGCCGUACAUCAGAUCGCUGACCGACGGUUCACGCACAGCGACUUCAUACUGGCCAAAAACUCAGCCCGGCUGAUGAAUUCGAUUUUGCUCCAGGAACUGGACCAGUACGACGGUGGUACAUCAUCCGCGAACUCGACACACUAUCCUGUGUACGGGCGAACGAUUCAGAUAAGAUUUGAAACCGAUCCUAUCGUAUCAAACAUCCAGAGCACCGUCAUACGUGUCAGUAGUAGAAUGGCAUCAGACGCGGCAGAACGUACGAUUCUAAGUCGUGGCUCUAAUGCCGGGCAGCUGGCGACCCUGCUGCUGUCAUCGAUCGUAUUGCUAUCGGUUGGAGCGCUGCUGCGAACCACGGAAGCUGCAUCCAAACGGCAGCGUCCCGGUGAUGUCAACGACGUUGGCAGCUUUUUUGCGAUUGAGGCCGAGGAUGGCGCCCUGCGUACGCCGGAGCUCAUCGCCAAGUAUGGCUAUCCCGUAGAAAGUCACGAAGCGACCGGUGCAGACGGAUACAUCAUCUCCCUAACCCGCAUUCCACCCAAGAAGCAGCGCCACCCGACACCGAUGCUGCUGGUGCACGGUCUGCUCGCGAGUUCCGCUGACUUUCUGAUCAUUGGACCGAACAACAGUCUCGCGUACCUGCUGGCCGACAGGGACUACGAUGUGUGGCUUGCGGAUAUGCGAGGCAAUCGCUACUCGCAAGGCCACACGCGCCUUAACAGCAGCUCGCCGGAAUAUUGGGACUUUAGCUGGCACGAGAUGGGCUACUACGAUCUGCCGGCUGCGAUCGAUUACAUCCUCCGGCAGACGGGAGCUCGUCAGCUGGACUACAUCGGCCACUCGCAGGGCACGACCGUAUUCUUCGUGAUGGCUUCCAGCAGACCCGAGUACAACGAGAAGAUCGCACACAUGUAUGCACUGUCGCCGGCCGUAUGUCUGAAGCGCGUACGAAGCCCUCCGGUUCGGUGGUUGCUGCAGCACGUCUAUACCCUCAAGGAUCUGUUCGAUGCGUUCGGGGUGCAACAGUUUCUGCCGCACACCGAUUCCCAGUACGAGAUGGCACGCAUGCUAUGCCCGGUGAGCGAUCCGGACAACAUUUGCAUGCAGGUUGUGAGCAUGACGGUGGGCCCGAAUCCGGCAAUGACCGAUAUGGUGGCAAUGCAAGUGCUUACCGGACACGAUCCAGCCGGCGCCUCCGUCAAGCAACUGCUGCACUACGCUCAGCUCCAGCGUUCCGGUAAGUUCCGACAGUUUGACUAUGGGCGACGCAACAACACCGAACGCUACAGCCACUGGAAUCCUCCGGCGUACAAUCUGAGUGCGGUCACUGCUCCGGUUACGAUCUUUUACGCCGUCAAUGAUUGGUUGAUUGAUCCACGGGAUGUCGUACGGUUUUCCCGGUUGCUGUCCAAGCGACCAACGAUGCACCUGGUGGAGGAUGAAAACUUUAAUCAUCUCGAUUUUACGAUGGCCAAAAAUGCACGCUCAAUGGUGUACGAACGUAUAUUUAGCGAUCUGGAGAACCGGACUAAUAGGAGUUUAUGAUCGAACGUGGCGCAGGUCACGGAGGUGUAGGUUAACACUCGCCCACCAAAUAUUUUAAAACCUUGUCACUCUAGAUUCUAAACGCUAUUCUCAUCCCCAAGAUUAAACUAGAAGCGAAAGCUUUCACACUAGGCAUCUAGAUCUUUUUAAGCUAUACAGUAUCUUUGCCUAAUUCCACAAUCAACUACCUAAUCGCAUCAGGAAGUACACCUUGCAAGCAUGAUCUAAUCACACCUCUACACAAAAUAAGCUGAUCAAUUUAGAAUGGCAACAGUGCAUCAUCAGCCAGCAACCAGUCGUCGGACAACAGCGACCUGGAAUUGAGCUGAACUUUCCACCUGCAAUCAUCAUCUUCGUCCUAGGCUAGACACGUCCCCCCCUCCCCCUACGAUCGGUUGCUACUUCCUCCAAUCGGUGUGUAAGCCACCCCCACCAACCCACAAUCAGUUGGCGUGAUUAGAUAAUAAGCAUCGGUAAGUUCGCAGGUUCACAAUUUGAUUUGCUGCUUUGCUACCUGCCGCACCGGGGCAUAAGGCUCCCCACCCAUGUUUAUAUUUGCAUUCGAAUUACUAGCCGAGAUAACAAUCGGAAAGGUAUGAUUUACGCUCUGUCAGCAUUGGGGAGCUCGGUGUUGCUUCCCUUACCCCAGGUGGAAUCUUGCUAAAUUGUCGUUUGCGAGAAUUGGGAGAAAAUGGGAUGCGUUCAGUGGAGUUGUAGCGGAUGGGAAUCGUCGUGGAUGGUGGAAUGUUGAUUGCCAUUCCUACGGACAGUAUCGAUUUAUAUCGACAUUACGUCGGAUGAAAAUUGCGUAUGGGAGUUGGAAAAAAAAUUGUUUUACACAAUAUAAUCAAGUUCGCUGCUGCACUGUGAUAGUACAAUAGGAUGUAUGAUCAAACGAUUGUUUCACUGAUAUGGACAGUCGUAGCAGAUGUUUGUAAAUAUUUUUUAUACUUUUAAUAUUACUCCAGUAGUUUUACCGUUUCGAGAUUGAUAGUUUGAAGAGUAAUAAAUAAACUUACAAUUUAAUAAUAA